AGGGCGCCCGAUGCGGGGCUCGAUCCCAGGACCCGGGAUCCUGACCUGAGCCGCCCACGGGGCCCUGCCAUCUUGUUUCUAACCGAAACCGUUCACAGAGGCGAAGGGCCUGCUCGGGUCUUCGGGACGCGCCUGCGCGGGACGGCGGCAGGGGUCCUCCCGGCGCACUAGAGAGAAGGGCGGCCUCGAUCCUAGAGAGGCCGGGCCGCGUUCCUAGAAAAGCCGCUACUCGGCUGCCCGCGCAGCCGAAGACGCUUUGGAGAUGCGGGCUCGCCGCCGCCCGGGACCUGUGGCGAGGCCGCCGCGUCUUCGCUGAACACGUUUCUUGAGCUUUUGGUCCGCUGACCAGCCGUCGGACGCGCGCAUAUUGCGCGCCCGCUUAGUGCCUCCGGAGUGCUCCGAGCGCCGCGGGUGCCCCUCCGUGCCUUCUCCGACCGCCGCGCUGCGCGGACACCAGCCUUUAAGCCAGCAUGGAUGAAGCUUUGCCAGGCUGCACACCUGAAAAUGGAGACAGCCUUGUCAAAGUGAAGGAGGAGGACCCCACCUGGGAGCAUACGUGGGGCUUAUGGGAGAGCAGCCGCCAGGCUCAGGAGCUUUGCCGCCUGCGAUUCCGGCAGUUCUGCUACCAGGAGGUAACUGGGCCCCGAGAGGCUCUGGCCCAGCUCCAGGAGCUCUGCUGUCAGUGGCUGCAGCCUGAGACGCACAGCAAGGAGCAGAUCGUGGAGCUGCUGGUGCUGGAGCAGUUCCUGACCAUCCUGCCUGAGGAGCUGCAGGCCCGGGUGCGGGAGCGGCCCCCGGAGAGCGGGGAGCAGGCGGUGGCUGUGCUGGAGGAUCUACAGAAAGACACAGGAGACCCAGGACAGCAGGCUUCUGUCUAUACUCAGGGACAGGACAUGUACCCACUGGUGACAGAAUAUCAAGGAGCCUCUUUGGAGUGUCAGAGCCUCCAGCUCCUGCCCAGGGUAACCACCUUGAAGUGUGAACCUCCAGAGCUCUGCCAAGGGAACCCCCAGGAAGUGAGUGCUGAAGAAGUUGUAACUAAAGAUGGAUUAUUUAAUGCAAAGAAAGAAACUUCUCAAGAAGUGGAGCAUGGUGCUGAGGCCCCAGGAAUACCCGACAGAGAUUGUGUGCCCCAGCCACCUUGUACUUCUGUCCGUACGGAAAGGACAGUUGCACAUUUGAACACUCUGAAGGACCGUCACCCGGGUGACUUGUGGGCCCGAAUGCACAUCUCAUCCUUGGAAUAUGCUGCUGGAGACAUGACCCGAAAAGGGAGAAAAAAGGACAAAGCUCGAGUGAGUGAACUGCUACAAGGCCUUGCAUUUUCUGGUGACUCAGAUGUGGAAGAAGAUAACAAGCUUGAGGCCCACCAUGCUCAAAAAAAGCUAAAGAUGUCAAAUGUGCCAGAGAAGAAUUGGACCAAAAGAGACAUUAAACCCAACUUCCCAAGCUGGUCGGCACUGGAUUCUGGACUUUUGAAUCUCAAGAGUGAGAAGCUGAACCCAGUAGAGCUCUUUGAGUUAUUUUUUGAUGAUGAAAUAUUCAACAUGAUUGUCAACGAAACCAAUAAUUACGCAUCUCAGAAAAAUGUCAAUUUGGAAGUCACAAUUCAGGAAAUAAGGAGACCUCAAUACUCCAUUCUCAGCAAUGGACAGAUCAUCUAAGCAGAAAAUCAACAAGGAAACAAGAGCUUUGAAUGACACACUGGACCAGAUGGACCUCAUAGAUAUAUACAGAACAUUCCACCCUAAAACAACAGAAUACUCAUUCUUCUCAAGUGCACACGGAACUUUCUCCAGAAUAGACCACAUACUGGAUCACAAAUCAGGUUUCAACAGAUACCAAAAGAUUGAGAUUAUCCCCUGCAUAUUCUCAGACCAUAAUGCUUUAAAACUGGAACUCAAUCACAAGAAAAAAUUUGGCAGAAAUUCCAACACUUGGAAGCUAAAGACCACUGUGCUCAAGAAUGUUUGGGUCAACCAGGAAAUAAAAAAAGAACUUAAAUAGGGGCGCCUGGGUGGCUGAAUCGUUAAGCGUUUGCCUUCGGCUCAGGUCAUAAUCCCGGGGUCCUGGGAUCGAGCCCCGCAUUGGGCUCCCUGCUUGCCGGGAAGCCUACUUCUCCCUCUCCCACUACCCCUGCUUGUGUUCCCUCUCUCGCUGUCUCUCUCUCUGUCAAAUAAACCAAAUCUUAAAAAAAAAAAAAAACUUAAACAAUUCAUGGAAACCAAUGAGAAAGAAAACACAUCGGUCUAAAACCUAUGGGAUACUGCAAAGGCAGUCCUGAGGGGGAAAUACCUAGCCAUCCAAGCUUCACUCAAAAAAGCAGAAAAAUCCCGAAUUCACCAACUAACUCUACACGUUAAAGAACUAGAGAAAAAGCAACAAACGAUGCCUAAGCCACGCAUUAGAAGAAAAAUAAUUAAGAUUAGAGCAGAGAUCAAUGAAUUAGAAAUGAGAAACAGAGUAGAUCAGAUCAACGAAACUAGAAGCUGGUUCCUUGAAAGAAUAAGAUUGAUAAACCACUGGCCAGACUUAUGCAAAAGAAAAGAGGACCCAAAUUAAUAAAGUUAUGAAUGAAAGGGGAGAGAUCAUGACUAAUACCAAGAAAAUAGAAACAAUUAUUAGAAAUUAUUAUCAGUAACUAUAUGCCAAUAAACUGAGCAACCUGGAUGAAAUGGAUGCCUUACUGGAAACCUAUAAACUCCCAAGACUUAAACAGGAAGAAAUUGGCAACCUGAAUAGGCCAAUAACCAGUAAGGAGAUUGAAGCAGUGAUCAAAAACCUCCCCCCAAAAAUGAGUCCAGGACCUGAUGGAUUCCCUGGGGAAUUCUAUCAAACAUUCAAAGAAAUAAUACCUAUUCUCCUGAAGCUGUUUCAAAAAAUAGAAGGAAAGCUUCCAGACUCAUUCUAUGAGGCCAGCAUUACCUUAAUCCCCAAACCAGGCAAAGACUCCAUCAAAAAGGAGAAUUUCAGACCAAUAUCCCUGAUGAAUAUGGAUUCCUAAAUCCUCAACAAAAUCCUAGCUAAUAGGAUCCAACAAUACAUUAAAAGGAUCAUCCACCACGAGCACGUGGUAUUUAUCCACGGAAUGCAAGGGUGGUUCAACAUUCACAAAUCAGUGUGAUAAAACACAUUAAUAAGAGGAGAGAGGAACCAUAUGGUCCUCUCAAUUGAUGCAGAAAAAGCAUUUGAACAAAUAAAGCAUCCUUUCCUGAUUAAAACUCUUCAGAGUAGGGGUACCUGGGUGGCUCAGAUGGUUAAGGGUCUACCUUCGGCUCAGGUCGUGAUCCUGGGGUCCUGGGAUCAAGCCCCACGUCUCCCUCUCCCUCUGCCUGCUGCUCCCCCUGCUUGUACUCUCUCUCUCUCUGUGUCAAAAAAUAAAAAAUCUUUUAAAAAAUAAAAAUAAAACCCUUCAGAGUGUAUGGAUAGAGGGAACAUUCCUCAAUUUCAUAAAAUCCAUCUAUGAAAAACCCACAGCAAAUAUCAUCCUCAAUGGGGAAAAGACGAGAGCUUUAACCUUAAGAUCAGGAACACAACAAGGAUGCCCACUCUCGCCACUAUUGUUCAACAUAGUACUAGAAGUCCUAGCAACAGCAAUCAGACAACAAAAAGAAAUAAAAGGUAUUCAAAUUGGCAAAAAAGAAGUCAAACACUCUCUUUUCACAGAUGAUAUGAUACUUUAUGUGGAAAAUCCAAAAGAUUCCACCCCUAAAUUACUAGAACUCAUACAGCAAUUCAGUAAUGUAGCAGGAUACAAAAUCAAUGCACAGAAAUCAGUUGCUUUCUUAUACACUAACAGUGCAACCGUAGAAAGAGAAAUGAUUCCAUUUACAAUACCACCAAAAACCGUGUUUUAAGAUACCUUGGAGUAAACCUAACCAAAGAGGUAAAGGAUCUAUACUCUAGGAACUACAGAACCCUCAUGAAAGAAAUUUAGAAGACACAAAAAGAUGGAAAAAGAUUCCAUGCUCAUAGAUCAAGAGAAUAAACAUUGUUAAAAUGUCUGUGCUGCCCAGAGCAAUCUAUACCUUCAACCUCAUCCUGAUCAAAAUUCCAAUGACAUUUUUCAAAGUGCUGGAACAAACAAUCCUAAAAUUUGUGUGGAAUCAGAAAAGACCCCAAAUCACCAAGGAAAUGUUGAAAAAGAAAACCAAAGCUGGGGUCAUCACGUUGCCGGAUUUCAAGCUAUAUUACAAAGCCGUAAUCACCAAGACAGCAUGGUACUGGCACAAAAACAGACAUACAGACCAAUGGAACAGAACAGAGAACCCAGAUAUGGACCCUCAACUCUAUGGUCAAAUAAUCUUCGACAAAGUAGGAAAAAAUAUGCAAUGGAAAAAAGUCUCUUCAAUAAAUGGUGCUGGGAAAAUUGGACAGCCACAUGCAGAAGAAUGAAACUCGACCAUUCUCUAACACCAUACACAAAGAUAAACUCAGAAUGGAUGAAAGACCUCAAUGUGAGACAGGAAUCCAUCUAAAUCGUAGAGGAGAACAUAGGCAGUAACCUCUUCGACAUUGGCCACAGCAACUUCUUUCAAAGUACGUCUCCAAAGGCUAGUGAAACAAAAGUGAAAAUGAACUUUUGGGACUUCAUCAAGAUAAAAAGCUUCUGCACAGCAAAGGAAACAGUCAACAAAACAAAGAGGCAACCCACAGAAUGGGGGAAGAUAUUUGCAAAUGACACUACAGACAAAGGACUGAUAUCCAAGAUCUAUAAAGACCUUCAGAAACUCAACACCCAAAAAAUAAUCAAGUCAGAAAAUGGGCAGAAGACAUGGAGAGACACUUCUCCAAGGAAGACAUACAAAUGGCUAACAGACACAUGAAAAAAUGUUCAUCAUUAGCCAUCAGGGCAAUUCAAAUCAAAACCACAUUGAGAUUCCACCUUACAUCAGUUAGAAUGGCAAAAAUUGACAAGGCAAGAAACAACGAAUGUUGGAGAGGUUGUGGAGAAAGGGGAACCCUCCUACACUGCUGGUCGGAAUACAAGUUGAUACAGCCACUUUGGAAAACAGUGUGGAGGUGCCUCAGAAAAUUAAAACUAGAGCUACCCUAUGACCCAACAAUUGCACUACUGGGUAUUUACCCCAAAGACACAGAUGUAGUGUAAAGAAGGGUCAUAUGCACCCCAAUGUUCAUAGCAGCAAUGUCCACAAUAGUCAAACUGUGGAAAGAGCCAAGAUGCCCUUCAACAGAUGAGUGGAUAAAAAGAUGUGGUCCAUAUAUACAAUGGAAUAUUACUCAGCCAUCAGGAUGAAUACCCAACUUUUACAUCAACAUGGAUGGGACUGGAAGAGAUUAUGCUGAGUGAAUUAAGUCAAGCAGAGAAAGUCAAUUAUCAUAUGGUUUCACUUAUUUGUGCAACAUAAGCAAUAGCAUGGAGGACAUUAGGAGAAGGAAGGGAAAAAUGAAGGGGGGUAAUUGGAGUGGGAGAAGUACCAUGAGAGAUUGUGGACUCUGAGAAACAAACUGAGGGUUUUAGAGAGGAGGGCGUGGGGGGAUUGGUUAGCGUGGUGAUAGGUAUUAAGGAGGGCAUGUAUUGCAUGGAGCACUAGGUGUUAUACAAAAACAAUGAAUCAUGGAUCACUACAUCAAAAACUAAUGUACUGUAUGGUGACUAACAUAACAUAAUAAAAUUAAAUUAAAAAAAACUUACAGAACUAAAAAAAAGUAGUAGUAAUUAAAAUGGUAUGGUACUACAUAAAAAUACAGACAUAGAUCUAUGAAGGGAACAGAAAAUCCAGAAAUCAUCCCACAAUUAUAGUCAAUCUUUGACAAAGGAGAAAUGAAUAUACAAUGGGAAAAAGAUAGUCUCUUCAACAAAUGGUGUUGGAAAAACUGGGCCACUUUUUUUCAUUUCUUUUAAAGAUUUUAUUUUUGGGGCAUCUGGCUGGCUCAAUCAAUAGAGCAUGGGGCUCUUGAUCUGGAGGUUGUGAGUUCAAGCCCCAUGUUGGGUAUAGACAUUACUUUUUUUAAAAAAAUACACAGACACAUGCACACACACACACACAUACUGAUCAGUUUGUACUUCUACCCAGUUUGUAUUUUUAAAAACUUAUUUUUGAAAACUUUUAUUUUUAAGUAAUAUCUAUACCCAACGUGGGGCUUGAACUCACAACCCUGAGAUCAAGAGCCACAUGCUCUAUUGACAGCCAGCCAGGUGCCCCCAGAACACUUUCUUUCACCAUACACAAACAUAAACUCAAAAUGGAUUAAAGACCUAAAUGUGAGAUCUGAAACCCUAAAAAUCUUUGAAGAGCACAGAGGCAGUGAUUUCUCUGACACUGAUUGUAGUAACAUUAUUCUCCUGAGACAAGGGAAAUAAAAGCAAAAAUAAACUAUUGGGACUACAUCAAAACAGAAAGCUCUGCACAGCAAAGGAAAGAAGAAAACUAAAAGGCAACCUACUGAAUGGGAAAAGGUAUUUGCAAAUGACAUAUCAGAUAAAGGGUUAGUAUCCAAAAUGUUAUAAAGUACUUACACAACUCAACACCAACAAAAGAAAUACUCCAAUUAAAAAAUGGGCAGAAGACAUGUACAGACAUCUCUUCAGAGAAGACCUGUAGAUGGUCAACGGACACAUGAAAAAAUGCUCAAUAUCACUCAUCAUUAGGGAAAUACAAAUCAAAACCAUAGUGAGGGGCGCCUGGGUGGCUCAGUCGUUAAAUGUCUGCCUUCGGCUCAGGUCAUAUUCCCAGGGUCCUGGGAUCAAGCCCCACAUCGGGCUCCCUGCUCAGUAGGAAGCCUGCUUUUCCCUCUCCCACUCCCCCUGCUGUGUCCCCUCUCUCACUGUUUCUCUGUCAAAUAAAUAAAUAAGAUCUUUAAAAAAUAUAUUAAAAAAACCCACAGUGAGGUAUUGUUUCAUAUCUCAGAAUGGAUGAAAUCAACAACAAGAAACAACUGUUGGUGAGGAUGUAGAGAAAGGGGAACCCUCUUAAACUCAGGGUAGUCCACACCAAGACACAUAGUAAUUAAAAUGGCAAAAAUCAAGAUAAAGAGAAUUUUAAAAGUAAUGGAAGGAAAACAGGUAUAUACAACAGAAACCCCCUAAAGUUAUCAGCUGAUUUUUCAACAGAAACUGUAGUCCAGAAGGGAGUGGCAAGAUAUAUUCAAAUGCUAAAAUAAAAAAACCCUGUAACCCACAAUAUUCUAUCCCGAAAGUCUAUCAUUCAGGAUAAAAGGAGAUAAAAAGUUUCUGAGACAAAAGAAAGUUAAAGAAAUUCAUCACCACUAAACCAGCCUUACCAGAAAUGAUAAAGAGGACUCCGUUAGCGGAAAAGAAAGACCAUAAGAAUAGGAAAAGGAGGAAGCAAAAAAGCAGUAAAAUUAAGUAUAUAUAUAUAAAAAAAUCAGUCGAGGGACUCACAAAGAAGUGAAAGAAAAAAAAUAACUGACAACACCACAGAAAUACAAAGUAUUAUAAGAGAAUAGAGUGAAGAAUUAUAUGCCAACAAAUUGGACAACCUAGAAAAAAUGCAUGAAUUCCUAGAAACAUAACCAUCCAAAGCCGAAUCAGGAAGAAAUAGAGAACAGAAUAGAUUGAUUACCAGCAAUGAAACUGAGUCAGUGAUAAAAAAAACUCCCAACAAACCAACCAGGAUCAGAUGGCUUCAUUGGUGAAUUCUACCAAAUCUUUUUUUUUUUUUUUUUAAGGUUUAUUUUAGAGAGAGAGGGAGAGAAUAUGCACAGGUGAGGUGGGGCAGAGGGUGAGGGAGAGAGAGAGAAUCUCAAGCAGAUUCUGGGCUGAGCUCAGGAUCCUGCCUUGGGGCUCCAACCCAGGACCUUCAGAUCAUGACCUGAGCCGAAAUCAAGAGUCAGACACUUAACCCACUGAACUACCCAGGCACCCCUACCAAACAUUUAGAGAAAAUUUAACACCUAUUCUUCUCAAACGCACCCCCCCCAAAAAAAAGAAGAGGAAGGAAGGCUUCCAAAAUCAUUCUAUGGAGUCAGCAUUACCCUGAGACCAACAUCAGAUAAAGACCCCACAAAAAAAAGAAGUACCGGCCAAUAUCCCUAUUGAACAUAGAUGCAAAAAUCCUUAACAAAUUAUUAGCAAACUGAAUCCAAGAAUAUAUAUUAAAAAGCAGGCAUCAUAAUCAAAUGGGAUUAUCCCUCAGAUGCUAGUGUGGUUUGAUAUUUGCAAAUCAGUCAAGGUGAUACCUCACAUCAACAAGACAAAGGGUAACAACUGUAUCAUUUCAAUACAAGCAGAAAAAGUACUUGACAAAGUACAACAUCCAUUCAUGAUACAAACCCUGGACAAAGAAGGUUUAGAGGGAAAUACCUCAACAUAAUGAAGGCCAUAUAUGAAAAAGCCAAAGCGAACAUCACAAUAGUGAAAAAAAUGAGAGCUUUUCUCCUCAGGUCAGGAACAAGACAAGGAUGUCCAUUUUCACCACCUUUACUCAACGUAGGAAAUCCUAGCCCCAGCAAUCAGAACAGAAAAAGAAAGAAAGGCAUAUAAAUUGGUAAGGAAGAAGGAAACUCACUAUUUGCAGAUACAACACUACAUAGAGAAAACUCUAAAGACACCACCAGAAAACCAUGAGAACUGAUAAAUGAAUUCAGUAAAGUCACAGAAAACAAUCAAUACACAGAAACCAUUGCAUUUCUAUAUACUUAUAAUGAAGUAGCAAGGAGAAAUUAAGAAAACAGUCCCAUUUACACUUGCACCAAAAAUAAUGAAAUACCUGGGAACAAACUUAAUCAAGGAGGUGAAAGACCUGUACUGUGAAAACUAUAAAACGCUGCCAAAAGAAACUGAUGACACAAACACAUUCCAUGCUCAUGGAGUAGGAAAAUUAUUUUAUUUUAUUUUAAGAUUUUAUUUAUUCAUUCGAAGCACAGAGAUACAGAGAGAGAGCAUGAGCAGGGGGAGAGGCAGAGGGAGAGGGAGAAACAGACUCCCCGCUGAGCCAGGAGCCAGACGUGGGGCUCGAUCCCAGGACCCUGGAAUCAUGACCCAAGCUGAAGGCAGACGCUUAACCAUUUGAGCCACCCAGGCGCCCUUGGGAGAAUUAUUCUUAAAAUGUCCACACUACCCAACGCAAUCUAUCCAUCUAAUGCAACCCCUGUGGGGCGCUUGGGUGGCUCAGUCGGUUAAGUGGUUAAGCAUCUGCCUUAGGCUCAGGUCAUGAUCUCAGGGUCCUGGGAUAGGGCCCCCUGUCCGGCUCCCUGCUCAGCGGGGAGUCUGCUUUUCUCUUUCCCUCUGCUGCUCCCACCCCACCCUGCUGUGCAUGCACGUGUAUGCGCACUCUCUCUCUCAAAAUCAUUUUUAAAGAUUUUAUUUAUUUGAGAGAGAUUGGGAGGACGAGUGGGAGGAGGGGCAGAGGGAGAAGCAGACUCGUCCCUGGGCAGGGAGCCUGACGUGGAACUCGAUCCCAGGAUCCUGGGAUCAUGACCUGAGCCAAGGGCAGACACUCAACCGAUUGAACCACCCAGGUGCCCUAAACAAAAUCUUAAAAAAAAAAAAAAAAAAUCUAAAAUUUGUGUGGAAGCACAUGUUUGCGAAUAGCCAAAGCAACCUUGAAAAAGAACAAACUUGGAGGUGUUGAGAUUUCAAGCUAUGCUCCAUAACUGUAGCAAUUAAAACAAUAUGGUACUAGCAGAAAAAUACACACGUAAGUCACCAGAACAGAGAUUCCAGAAAUAAACCCGUAAU